GCGGGCCGGAGCAGGUCCGGAGGGCGCGGGUGGCGGGCGCAUGGCCACCUUCCGCGGCCCUGCUGGUGGGGCGUGGAGAGGACGGCUCGGCCUGGGCGACCUUGGACACAGGCAACAGGUCCCCGGCGUCUGCGCAGCGCGACAAUUGAGGAGCAGCAGCCACAGAAGGAGUGAAGCCCUCGCGGGGGCCCCUCUGGAUAAUGCUCCCAAGGAAUACCCUCCCAAGAUCCAGCAACUGGUCCAAGACAUCGCCAGCCUCACGCUCCUGGAGAUCUCAGACCUCAAUGAGCUCCUGAAGAAAACGUUGAAGAUCCAGGAUGUUGGCCUCAUGCCAAUGGGUGGCAUGACGCCUGGUGCCGUCCCUGCCGCAGCAGCAGCAGCCCCUGAGGUGGCUGAGGCAGAAGACACCCCCAAACAGAAAGAACGAACACACUUUACCGUCCGCCUGACAGAAGCAAAGCCCGUGGACAAAGUGAAACUCAUCAAGGAGAUCAAGAAUUAUGUCCAGGGCAUAAACCUUGUGCAGGCCAAGAAGCUAGUGGAGUCCCUGCCCCAGGAAAUCAAAGCAAACGUGGCCAAAGCCGAGGCUGAGAAGAUCAAGGCAGCCUUGGAAGCCGUGGGAGGCACAGUAGUUCUGGAGUGACAUCCCCGUUCUGAGGACUUUUGGACUGGGGUCCCUGGGACCUGGGCAAGGCCUGCUCACCCCUGCUUCACUCCCAGGUGGGGUGUUGGGAGCAACAGCUACUGACACUGGAGACCGAGUUCUGGGAGAGAGACAGGACGGACCUACUGUGAUGGGGAGGGCCGCCACAGCUGUGCAGAGCUCUCCAGAUUGCCUUGAGAACUUACAGAGUGAACACGCCCCUGUGGCUACUGAGAAAAUACACUGUUGAGGCUG